UGCUCACAGCUUGGCUCUAGCAGGGUUGCUUGCUUUUGUUACCUGUCUGGUGCACAAAAAGGUUUCUCUCUCUCUUGCAGAGCUUGUGUGUGGUGGUGAGAAACCUCUUUGGACAGAGCUGCUGAUUACAAGUGUUUCCCUCAAACCUUGGCACUGCAGUUGAAACAUCUACCAUCAUUGCUUGGAAAAAACCAACCAGAGCAAUCAAGGCACUGCAUAGAAGAGCAUGAAGAAAUUCAGAAAUAUUUUUCUUUUGUGCCUUGGCUUCCUUCUAGUCCAUGUAAGAGGUCAAGGUGAUUUUGAUUUAGCUGAUGCCCUUGACCACCCUGAUGACAUAAUUACCAGGAAGCCUACAGUGAUCAGAAGACCAACAAGACCUGUGCUCAACAAUGAUCUACAUUUAGGAGAUGCUCUUGGUGGGGGUGACAUCUCAAGAAAACCUUUAUACCCACCUCUACCACCACGCCCGGGAAGUUAUGGUAAUUCUGGAGGUUUUGAUGACUCAGAUCUCCUCGAUGGGAAGCCUUUACCACCGGUUAUAACAGGAGAAGAGGAGCAUCCUUUCAAUCAUGGAGGGAACACAGAUUCAGGAUUAAUAGCUGGAGUUACAUCUCCUGUAAUUUCUUCUUUUGUAAUACUGGUUGUUGGAUCAAUAGCAGCCUACACUGCUUACAAGAAUAAGAAACUUUGUUUCAAACCACGUGGUGGGGCUACAGUGUAAACAACUGAAAGGAGAAUUGCUCUCAUCACAGGUUCCUUUGGUUGGUGACAUUCUACAUUGCCAUUUGGACAGAAGAAAAUCUUCCUUUAACGAACAUUUUCUUGAGACAUUGCAAUCCUGCUCUCUCUAACCUGAUGUCACUUUUGCACCUCGAGCUUUAUGUCAUCAAAGAUAUGCUUAAAACAUCCAGAGAUUGUAUUGCACUCUCUGACCUGAAUUCAUAAAGGUUGGAUAUGGAUUUGGACUCAGAAGUUAUCUUAAAGAAAGAAAUCAAGUUUGAUAUAAGCUAAAAAGGGAAAGAUUUGGGUUUGUGAGGAUUCAAGUCACCAAAUAAAUUUUUUUUCUGUUUUCAAAAUUAGCCAAAAAACUUCAUCCUUCUGAUAGAAUAGGAAUAAAGAGUUUGCCGUUUCCCUUAACACUUGUUGGGUUUCUCCAGUAUAUUUCUGUAAUGAUUACUGUUUAAAGAAAAUUUGUAGUUGUAUAAAGGAUUAAAAAUUUGAAUGCCUUUACUUUGUAUUUAUGUCUGAAUUUUAGCAAAGUGAAAGGACCUAUAGCUAGAAAAUUCAUUUUUAAUUUUAUAAUAUAUUGAAAAGAUUAUGUAUAUUGACAAACCACUGUUUAAAACAAAAUAGAGAGGAACACAUGGUAAUUUUAUUUAUUUAUUUAUUUAAUUGAUUAAUUACUGAAAUGGUAUUUAGCUCUUCUUAGGAACUAGAAUUUCACAUAUGUGUAAUUUCUCUUCUUGAAAACUUAGGCCCUACUCUAAGAACCUUUGAAAGCAUUCAUCUAGCAAGACGGGUUUUUAAAGAAAUACUUCUUAUUCGUAACUUCUGAAAAGGGAAAAUGGGUACAAAGCUUCUUCUGAUUCAUUUAGAAUGAGUUUGUCAUGCUUCAUUCUCUAAGCUCCAAGUCACAACAACUUUUAAACUUCAUGCUAUGUGGAGGUGUGGUUACAUAGUUUUUCUAGCAAGACUAUUUCAUGUCUUUCCCUGAUUCCUGAUCAGCCUUGCUGGGCUAACAAAUAUCCUCGUGUAGACAAACCUAUCACAAAAACUGACACUUUUCCUGUCUCUCUGCCUUCAUUUAGCUAACUGAAUCAAAAAAACAGCAAAUGAAUGAAAUACAGUUGAAAGCUGGCAAAACUAGCAGUUUACUGACAAAUCUGCAAUACAGCCAUUUUAGCUAACUUUUUAAAGCAUAAGGAAAUCAGUGUGGCUUUAUCUUCGUUUUAUAUGCAAAGCAUGUUUUUUGUUACCAAAAUUCCUUUCAGAUGGAGGUAAAUAUGACUUUGUGUUUAGAGGAAUACAUAUACUAAACAUGUACUUUUUCAUGAAAUAAAAUACUAUUUGUCUAAAUUAUAUUUUAAAUGGGUAUAUAUCAGUUUCUUGCUUAGAUGACCACGAUUUUUUUUUUUUGAUUCUGAAAGAAAUUAUAAUGUACAUCAGCUUAAACACAGAAACAUCUUGACAACAUACAAACAAAUGAACACCUUUGUGGCUAUCACUUUUAAUUUAUGAAUGAGAAAAUAUUUUUAAUAUGGUGUGGUUAAUAUGGUUUAAGGACAUUUAAUAUUUCUUUUAAAAUAAUAAUCUUCCAUGUUAAUAGUUAAAACAGAUUGAUAUGUAUUUUGUCAGGUAGGCGUAAAGAUUGGAUUAAUGAAAUGAUAAGUGUUUUGCUGUUACAACUUCAGUGGUUUGUUCAGCCAUGAAAAUACAUAUUUUGCUUCUUUCUCUUCAAAAUUUUCAAUAAACACCUACUGUGUUUUAUCUAA